AUGGCAAAGAAAAAAGCAGUCGCGCGGCCAGGAACUCCGAUUCCUUCCUGGUUAAAAAACCAGAUGAAACAUGUGCCAGUCCCGGAUGUAGUCAAACGAAAAGCACAUCAAAGCGCGAGAGCGCUUUUUGCGCAAGCAGAAAAAGCCGCUAGCGGCGCUUCUUUUUCAACACUGCCACGACCCCGCUUGCCCGUCGUUUACGAGACUCGAGCUGGUAAACGGAAGCGUAUUUCCUCCCCUCGAAACUCUCCUGGCGCCGUCAGAAUGUCUCCUGAAAAGAAAAAACGCAACAUCAUCAAGCGAUGUAAGAACAAAGCGAUACUUUGGGGGAAAAAAACGGCAAAUACUGCAAAAGCAAUUGCCAAAAAUCCUCCGAAACUGACCACUUCCAUCUUGAUGGGAGCGUACACUGCUACCUUCGAAUUGACGCCAACAAAAUAUCGAGCUCUUGAGCAAGAAGUUAUUUCUGCGAAGACUCCACCGCCGCCUUUCAAGAUCGACUCACCAAAAACACCUGCACCGUCUCAGCGAGUGAGUGAACUCCUCGCGCAGGAUAAAACCCCGAUCACCUCUCGCACGCCGAGAAUUAUCAAGGGCCGAGGAGUAUUGGUUCCUUUCGGCGGGUUCGUGUCCACUGAAGAAUUCGUCAAAGAUCAAGGAACGACCACAAUUGGAGAGGCGUUGGACGCCUUUCACUACUCCCCAAAGCCGUGUGCUCGAUACGCGGCUGUUAUCGACAAUCUCAAGGCCAAAUUCGGCGAAUGCUAG